AUGUCCACAUAUUCCCAAAAUAACUCUAAUAACCCUCAUGCGGAUCCAGAGCUCUUCUACGUCAAGCAAAAUAGGAUAGGUAAAGGUAGUUUCGGGGAGGUCUAUAAAGGAUACGAUAAACGAACAUCACUACCAGUCGCUAUCAAGAUAAUCGAUCUGGAAAGCGCAGAAGAUGAGAUUGAUGACAUUCAACAGGAAAUACAAAUCCUGGGUCAAUUAGAUAGUGAAUUCGUUACCAGGUAUCAUGGAUCUUUCCUGAAAGGAUCACAUCUUUGGAUUAUAAUGGAGUACUGCUCAGGUGGUUCUUGCUCUGAUUUGAUGAAAGCAGGUAUAUUCAGAGAAGAAUAUAUCGCUAUUCUAGCUAGAGAAUUACUAAGAGGUUUGGAAUAUUUACAUGGAGAAGGGAAAUUACAUCGAGAUAUCAAAGCUGCAAAUAUCCUUCUCACUGCGAAUGGUGAUGUCAAACUUGCCGAUUUUGGUGUAUCCGGACAAUUGACCGCUACAAUGACCAAAAAGAACACGUUCGUCGGAACACCUUAUUGGAUGUCACCCGAAGUCAUCAAGCAAUCAGGAUACGAUCAUAAAGCUGAUAUAUGGAGUUUGGGCAUCACUUGUAUCGAAAUGGCUAUGGGUGAACCACCUUAUGCUGAUCUACAUCCCAUGAAAGUACUAUUCCUGAUACCCAAAAACCCACCGCCUCAAUUGGAUGAAACCAAAUUUUCAAGGACCUUCCGUGAUUUCGUUUCAUUAUGUCUACAACGUGAUCCAAGAAUGCGUCCUACAGCGAAAGAUUUAUUAAAACACAAGUUUAUAAGAACAGCAAGAAAGGCUUCAUAUCUCACCGAACUGGUUGAGAGAUACGAGAAGUGGAAAGCUGAAGGUGGAGCAAAGAGCGGUGAAGAUGGAAACAGAGGUGAUGGAAUGUCAUCAGAACACGGUUACGGACCUGCAUCAGAUGCUUUAUGGGAUUUUGGUACUGUGAGAAACGCUCUGCCCCCUCAAGCAGGUACGGUGUCGAGAGCGACUGGCAGAACAUUGCCUUCAGCUUCAACACCGACAUCAGCGACACCUACCAAACACGAGCUACCCCCUUCGGUCAACGGGAGGAAACUACCUUCUGUACCUCCUUCAGCAUCUCAAGCUACAAUCAUAGCACCGGACUCUGAACCUGCGUAUCAAACUAGACGAAAUGCGUUACCUCAAGGUCCACCACCACAUCAGCAGCAACAGCAACAGCAACAGCGACAGCAGCCAAUACCCCAGCAUACAAGGGCUGUUCCAGAUGAUGAGGCUGAUGAGGACGUCAUGCUGGAGGGUGUCAUUGUGCCUGCAAUUAACAACCUUGCCACUCGUGUGCCCAACGAUCACGCUCGCGAGGCUCUUGCUCGACUCCGACAGGCCUUCAUCGAUGCUGAACGCUCUAUCCCGGGAGUGACGUCCGCAUUUGUAUUGGAGGUGGUGGAGAGCGUGGAACAAGUUGAAGACCAUUAG